AUGGCUGAGUUAGCUGAACCCAGCGUACUGUCCGAAUGCAGUCCGGAAGAGGUUGACAGCAUGGUAAUGAUGGAGGGAUCCGGGGAACUAGUGCCGGGCGGUGAAGAGCCUGCCGCUGGGCCUGGAGAUGAUGGGGAGCACUUUGAAGGAGCCACAGCUGGGCUUGGGAAAGAAGGGGAGAAAAGUGAAGGCACUGCUGCCGGGUCCGAGUCCGAGUCCGAGAAAGAUGGGGAGAAAGGUGGAGAUUCGGAGAAGGCAGAACCAGAUCGCCCCAAAGGACUCAUUGGUUACCUUUUAGAUACAGACUUUGUUGAAAGUCUCCCUGUGAAAGUGAAGUACCGGGUGCUGGCCCUUAAAAAGCUUCAAACUCGAGCGGCCAAUUUAGAAUCAAAAUUCCUGAGGGAAUUUCAUGACAUUGAAAGAAAGUUUGCUGAAAUAUAUCAACCUUUACUGGAAAAAAGACGUCAGAUCAUCAAUGCAAUCUAUGAGCCGACAGAAGACGAAUGCAAAUAUAAAUUAGACCCCGAAAACGAGGAGGAAGAAGAGGAGGAAGAAACGGAUGAUAGCGAAGACAUGCCUUAUCAUGAGGAAGCCAUGGUACAUGAGUUUGUAAAUGAAGAGGAGGAUUAUGAGGACUAUUAUUAUGACUAUGCCAUUGAAGAAGAGGAGGAGGAGGAGGAAGAGGAGGAGGAAGCUAGUGGCGCUGCGGCCACUGGAGGAGAAGAGAAUAAAGAGGAUCCUAAGGGAAUUCCAGAUUUUUGGCUGACUGUUUUAAAAAACGUUGAAGCCCUCACUCCUUGGAUUAAGAAAUAUGACGAGCCUAUUCUCAAGCUCCUGACCGAUAUUAAAGUAAAGCUUUCAGAUCCUGGUGAGCCGCUGAGUUUUACACUAGAAUUCCACUUCAAGCCCAAUGAAUAUUUCAAAAAUGAGCUGCUGACCAAAACCUACGUGCUGAAGUCGAGGCUAGAUUGCUACGAUCCCCAUCCCUACAGGGGAACCGCAAUUGAGUAUUCCACAGGCUGUGAGAUAGAUUGGAAUGAAGGAAAGAAUGUCACUAUGAAGACCAUCACCAAGAAGCAAAAACAUCGCAUCUGGGGAACAAUCCGAACUGUGACUGAGGAUUUCCCCAAGGAGUCAUUCUUCAAUUUUUUCUCUCCUCAUGGCAUCAACUUGAAGGGAGGAAAUAGAAAUGAAGAUUUUUUACUUGGUCACAAUCUGCGUACAUACAUAAUUCCAAGAUCAGUGUUGUUUUUUUCGGGUGAUGCCCUUGAGUCUCAGCAGGAGGGUGUAGUUAGGGAAGUUAAUGAUGCAAUUUAUGACAAAAUUAUUUACGAUAAUUGGAUGGCUGCGAUUGAGGAGGUUAAAGCUUGUUGCAAAAAUCUUGAGGCAUUGGUGGAAGAUAUUGAUCGUUAA